CCACCGCCCACCACUUACUUCGCAAGUCAUCGUUCGCAUCGUUGGCAUGCUGGCACAUAACAACGUACACAAACAAACCCAAUCCCUCGAUCUCACGUCGCCGGCCUCUCCCCUAUCGAAACCGUAACUUCGUCCGCAUUUCCUCUUGCAUUCUAUCUAUUUAACCCUAUUACUCCGAUACCACCUGCGACUUGCCCGAUAAUAACCCUAUUACUUGAUUUGCGCCCAACCCAGGCCAGACACCAUGGCUUCGGUCACGUCUCUCGAUCAGGAUAUGAAGAAGUUACGGAUGGGAAGAUACACUCCUCAGGCCGCCAACGAAGCGAGGAGCUGGAUUGAAGAUACACUGGGCGAGCGAUUGCCAGCGGGAGACCUUUUGGACGCAUUGAAAGAUGGCACGGCGUUGUGCAAAUUAGCAAACCUCGCCAUACCGAACCCUGGAGUCAAAUUCAAAAAAUCGCCGAUGCCAUUUAUACAGAUGGAAAACAUCUCACACUUCCUCCGCGCCUGCGAACAACCUCCUCUGAACAUGCCCUCGCACGACAGAUUCUUGACUGUAGACCUCUACGAAUCCAAGGAUCCUGCGCAGGUGCUCCAGUGCCUUAGCGCUUUUAGUCGCGUUGCCCAUGGCAUUAAUCCAUCCAAUUUCCCGACCACCAUAGGCCCCAAACGUUCUGGUGGUGGGCCACUCAGCCCUUCGACGACCGGGGCAACCGGCUAUGGCAAUGCGGGCUCCCUCAACUCUCCUGGUUUCGGACGCAGCAGGGGACCCAGUACAACGAGCAACACUAGUGGCUCAACCACCUUCAACCCUCUCGCUCGACCGUCAGCGGAUAGGGCGCUGAGUCCAUCACUCACAGGCGGCUCGAACUCUUCUAAGACUUCAAAUGGAAUCCCAAAGUCACCACCUGGUAGUGUCAGCAGCUGGAGUAGGCGUACGGAUGAGGGAGUGACAGCGCCGGCUUGGAACAUUCAUCAAUACGGCUAUAUGGGCGGCGCCAGUCAAGGCAACCAGGGCAUCUCCUUUGGCGCCCGUCGACAGAUCACGAGCGCAGGCCCGCAUGUCCCGAAUCUAGCAGAGAAAGAACGCAUACGCAAAGAGAAGGCCGCAGAAGAAGAGCGCCUGCGCGUCGCCGGGGAAGAGGCAGAGCAUAAGCGUCGCGUAGAGCGCGAGGCUGAGGAAGAGCGUCAACGUAUCGAGGAAGAACAGCGAUGGGAGGAGGAGACGCGAAAGCAGAGAGAAGCCAAACAGGAACGACUUGAUCAACAGAAACGGGAAUGGGAAGAGCAGGAGAGGCAAUGGAAACUUGAAGAAGAGCAGCGGCAGCGGGAAGAACGCGAGGAGCAGCAGAGGCUCGACAGCGAAAAUCGGCGAAGGCGAGCGGGAAGUGACGCAAGGCUUCGAGGACAAUAUCUUAGCCAGUACCAGUCCGAACAAACGAGCAAGCCUCGCAGUCGGCGCAACAGCCAGGCUGAUCCGGAGGCAAAUGCUGAGCGGGAGCGGAUCAAGGACCUGGAAAGACAACUCGAGGAGGCCAAAGAGCGUGAGCGUCAGUAUCAACGGGAGCGCGACGAUCGACACAAGGACGAUGAGCGGCGGAAAGUUCGCUCAAGAUCGAAGAGCCGCACGCGAGAACGAUCACGAAGUCGCCCACGGCCACCUCCGCGGGCACCAUCUCCACAGGACAGCCAGGUCUCGUGGGCGAACGCUGACGAGCGCGAAUACCUUCGCAAACAGUGGACUGAUAACCAAAAAACCCCCGCAAGGACUCUCCCAGAGCCUGUUGCGCCGAGUCUCCCUGCACGUCCACUCCCUGAACCCACAACUAGCUCUGCGAGGCCACUACCAGAUCCCGCUUCUUACGCAAAGUCGAAUCGCACAGAUCGAUAUCUAGCCUCGAACCCUGCUCCCGUGGCGCCCAAGCCAGCGAGCCAUAUUCCGCCGGAGCUCACGUCUACCUCUGAGCGUGCCGCCGAGGAUGCUCGCAGGACCGCAUCUCAGACAAAAACCAAGGCUGGUGGUUGGGCAUCAAAGUCACUCCUGGAAAGAGAGAUGGAAAGAGAGCGAGAACGCCAGCGCGAAUGGGAAGAUGCGCAAAAAGCCCUACAAAACACUGAGAGAGACCCGAACGCUGGUACAGGCGAAGGCCAGUCCUGGGAUGUCAACCAGUAUGGUUAUAUGGGCGGUGACAAUCAAAACAAGGUUGGUAACGGCAUCAGUUUCGGUGGGAGACGACAGAUAUUAGGACCAAGGCCUCCAAGAUAGAACCCUCUGUAUCGCUUGAUCUGUUUGCUCUUGGAAGCACGAGUGAAAAUGUCAUAUUUCAACACUAUAAUUUUCUUCGAGUGAAAACUGAGCAAAAUUUCUUGUGCGCCAAAGUUAGAUUUUAC